GGAAAGCUUUUGGAAGAAGAGUAUGAUUUUAUUCUGAAAGGAGGUAUAGUAUUAGAUAAGCUGGGACAAGCGCCCAACCCGGCACCAUGGUGAUAAGUGAGCAAAACUGGGAUAAUAUAACAGAAUUAGAUAAAGUUUCUGGAUUUCAUGGGAUAAUAGAUUCUUUUGAGCAACAUUACAAGGCUUGGAAUGGUUGGUAUGCCACGACCUUUCCAGAACAAGAAGAUCUCGUUGGUGAAUGGAAUGAUAAACUUACAGAUUUUCAAAAAAUUUGUGUUUUACGUUCACUACGACCGGAUAGAAUUUCAUUUUGUUUGACACAAUUUAUCAUCACCAAACUUGGGCCGCGAUAUGUUGAUCCGCCAGUUCUUGAUCUCAAGGCAACUUUCGAUGAAUCGAUUUCACAGACUCCCCUUAUAUUCGUUUUAUCACCAGGUGUGGAUCCAGCCCAAUCACUCAUAUCACUAUCAGAAUCAGUUAAAAUGGCACAGCGAAUGUACUCACUUAGCUUGGGUCAAGGGCAAGCACCUAUUGCAACAAAGCUUAUAAUGGAUGGCAUUAAGGAUGGUAAUUGGGUAUUUUUAGCGAAUUGUCAUUUGUCUCUUAGUUGGAUGCCUACUCUUGACAAGAUGAUAGCUACUAUGCAGUCCAUGAAACUACAUAAAAAAUUUCGACUGUGGCUAAGCUCAAGCCUCAUCCGGACUUUCCAAUAUCUAUUUUGCAAACCAGUAUUAAGAUGA